CGAAAUUAAUUAGUCUUCUAUACUUAGCAAGUACUUAAAUAUGAAAUUUAAAAUAUUUCUAUUAGCAAUAUUCCUGGCCAUUGGCACAGUUUGUUGUGCUAAAGACUGGUGGGAAAAUGGAAAUUUUUAUCAAAUAUACCCACGUUCUUUUAAGGAUAGUGAUGGAGAUGGAAUUGGUGAUCUAAAUGGUGUCACUGAAAAUCUUCAAUACCUAAAGGACAUUGGAAUUACAGCUGCUUGGCUUUCACCUAUAUUCCAAUCUCCUAUGGAAGAUUUUGGAUACGAUAUUUCAGACUAUUACGAAAUACAAAAAGAAUAUGGAACAGUUGAAGAUUUUGAAAAUCUUUUGAAAAAAGCUAAGCAAAUUGGGAUCCGAAUUAUUCUUGAUUUCGUCCCGAAUCAUACAAGCGAUAAGCAUAAAUGGUUUCAACUCUCUGCCGCUGGACAUCCUUACUACAGAGAUUUUUAUGUUUGGCAAAAUGGAACAAUUAAUAGCGAGACCGGUGAACGUCAGCCCCCAAAUAAUUGGCUUGGAUCAUUUCGUUACAGUGCUUGGGAGUGGAACGAACAACGACAGCAAUAUUAUUUGCAUCAAUUCGGUGUAAUGCAACCUGAUUUAGACUAUAGAAAUCCAGCUGUUGUUGAAGAAAUGAAAAAGGUAAUGCGAUAUUGGUUGGGAAAAGGUGUUAGUGGUUUUCGAAUUGAUGCUGUUCCAUUCCUCUUUGAAUACAUUGAUGAAAAUGGAAAAUUUCCCGAUGAACCAGUGAGGACGGAUUCACAAUGCCCUGAUCCGGAUGAUUAUUGCCAUCUCCAACAUAUUUACACAAAUAAUCAACCUGAAACGUUCGAUAUGGUAUAUCAAUGGCGUGAGUUGGUGGAUAACUGGAAGAAGGAGAAUGGUGGCGAAACUAAAGUUCUUCUGACAGAAGCGUACACAAGUUUCGAUAACUUGAUGAAAUUGUACGGAGAUGGAAUUCGCAAUGGAUCACAUGUUCCAUUUAAUUUUGAACUUUUGAACACAAUGAAUGCAAAUAGUACCGCCAAAGACUUCCGCUACCAAAUAACCAGAUGGCUUAAGACAAUGCCCAAAGGAGUAUAUGCCAAUUGGGUCUUAGGUAACCAUGACAACAAAAGACUAGCUUCUCGCUUCGGACCAGAACGAACAGAUUUGUUGAAUAUAUUGUUACAAACUCUACCAGGAAUCGCUGUAACUUAUAAUGGUGAAGAAAUUGGAAUGACAGAUGGACCAAUUUCCUGGGAAGAUACAGUAGAUCCUCAAGGAUGCAGUGCAAAUCCAGACAACUACAACAGCUAUUCACGUGAUCCAGCCCGUACACCUUUCCAAUGGAAUUCUUCAAAGAAUGCUGGUUUCAGUAAUGCAAUAAAAACCUGGUUACCGACUAAUGCUGACUAUACGACCAAGAAUGUUGAAAACCAACUGUCUGCAUCUCGUAGUCAUUUAAAGAUUUUUACAAAGGCAUUGAGUCUAAGACAUAUUCCAGCCUUCGACGAAGGAACUUUUGAUAUCAAGGCUCCAUCAGAAGGAAUUUUGGUUUACAAGAGGGAAAAAAUUGGAGAUGACUGCUACAUCAUUGUUUUAAAUCUUGGAAAACAAGACAAAAAUAUAAAUUUGAACAAUUUCUUCGAUGUUAAGGGAGCAAGUGUUGAAGUCAUAACUGCUUCAGUGCAAUCAAAGUUGAAAGACGGACAAAUCGUGGACUCUCAAGCAAUGAAGAUCGAAGGAUCUGUUGGUGUUAUCUUGAAGGUUAUUCAAUAGCAUGUGCUAUUGCAUGUAUUACACAAAAACCAUUAAGUCAAUAUUAACCUAAACUAUACUAUAAAAAUAAAAUAUAGUAAUCAAUUUUGUGCAUAAUAA